CAAGACGACAGCUCUGACUGUCUGACUGCCCGCCCACGUCGAGUGAGGGGAUCUGCCUGGCCCUUGUUAAUUCAACGACCCCCCCUCCUCCUCCCCCAUCCCCCCCUAAAACGGGCCCUUCCCCGUCGUCACCCCCCCUUCACCUUGGAUCUUAUUUAAGAAAUUUGAUGAAAAAGAAAAUAUGCACAACUGCAUCCAGUUGAAAACCUCAGUUAUUAAGGGUAUUAAGCACCAGUUGGUAGAGCAAUUUCCAGGUAUUGAACCUUGGCUUAAUCAAAUUAUGCCCAAGAAAGAGCCUGUCAAAAUAGUAAGAUGCCAUGAACAUAUAGAAGUCCUUACAGUAAAUGGAGAAUUACUAUUUUUUAGACAAAGAGGAGGGCCUUUUUAUCCAACCCUAAGGUUACUUCACAAAUAUCCUUUUAUCCUGCCACACCAGCAGGUUGAUAAAGGCGCCAUCAAAUUUGUACUCAGUGGAGCAAAUAUCAUGUGUCCAGGCUUGACUUCUCCUGGAGCUAAACUUCACCCAGCUGCAGUAGAUACGGUUGUUGCGAUUAUGGCAGAAGGAAAACAGCAUGCUCUCUGUGUUGGAGUCAUGAAGAUGUCUACAGAAGAUAUUGAGAAAGUCAACAAAGGAAUUGGCAUUGAAAAUAUCCAUUACUUAAACGAUGGACUGUGGCAUAUGAAGACAUAUAAAUGAGCCUCAGAAUGCACCUGGGCUAAAUAUAGAUAUUUGUACUAUAUCUGUGUUUGUGUCUGUGUUUGACAGCAUGAUGACAAUACUGCUGUGCUUAUGCUGAAUAAAUUCAACAGAUGCUAAAA